AGUGUUUGAGUCCUCAGCGAAAAUAAAUAACUUGCUAUGUGACGAUUAUUGACAAAAUAAAGUUCACUUCUUGCCCAUCCCUUCUUCAUGUGUGUUUCUGUUCUACUGCCCGAUGACUGGCUUUAAGUUGUCCCUGAAAGGCCGUCUUUAAGGGUUAAAAUACUAACAUAACUAGGUGUUACGAAGAUAGUCGUCCGCCCCGGACUUCCGCCGGGUUCCUCUCACGCUGUAGUUCCUAGCUGUUACAAGCAUCUGAUCUCCCUGUACUGGAGUCCCAAUGCAGGAUGAAGGCGCUCCGGGUGCUGUUCUUGCUCCUCUGGAUGUGUGCGGUAUACUUUGUGGGGAUCUACCUGUUCAUGAGUGGUUUUCUGCUGGUGCGGCUGGAGGUGAACAGGACCAGCACCUGCAGAGACGUGCUACAGCCCGGACAAGAGCCUGUGGACUUCUGCCGCGUCCAGCCGCGGUUCCGCAGGGCAGUCCUUCUCAUAAUCGACGCCCUGAAGAUUGACUUCGCCCGGUUUGACCCAAACAACACGGCUCCCCGACCUCAUGAGAACAAGCUGCCUGUGCUGCAAGAAACAGUCUCAUCCCAGCCGUCGCACAGUCGCCUGUACCCAUUUCGUGCCGACCCGCCUACGACCACCAUGCAGAGGAUCAAGGGCUUCACCACUGGAUCCCUGCCCACUUUUGUGGAUGUAGGUAAUAACUUUGCAUCCAGUGCCAUCUUGGAAGACAAUCUCAUCCACCAGUUUGGACAAGAAG